UUCGCAGGAAGGGCAUUGGUGCUGGAUGGUAUGCCGCCACGGUGAAGAGGGGCAAAAAACAGCAUAGAUCAUGGUUGGACAUGACGAUGGUCAAUCCUGGCUGAGCGAGGGAAGGAGCCGGCACAAAAAUCAUUGAAUGCGAGCGUGCCUAGGACAAGAGCAAACGACGGAAAUGUCAUGGAGAAAAAGAGUCGGUAUGAAUAGUGCUCACCAUACAAGCCACACCGGGGAAUCCUUCCAUGAACCCAAGUCGAAUUGCCUGCUCAAAGCUCUCGGAACCUUUUGCCGUAUGCGGUACAAACAAGACUAUCCAGAUGAAGUCCUUCUUCCUUUUGCUUCUGUCCUCGAAUUCUAUGCGUUUUCGGGUUUCCUUCUCGAGGCUUUCCUCAAUCUGGGUCGGGUACAUCCGCUGGCUUCGACGCAUGUAUCACGUACCCGUUUGCUUGGCUCUAAAGUCCUUGAUCCGGCUGCCCUCACAAAGUUUCAGAUUCCCUUCAUUACAAAAAGAAUAUUCCAGAUAUACAUAGCAAUAGACGAUGAACUCACGAAGACCAGUAUCCCACCUAUUCGUAAUUGCGGAAUAGAUGUGUGGGUCUGGUUACUACUCCCAAAGAGAAGCAGCGCGUUCCGGAGCAAGAAAGGUAGCGGAUCGCGGCAGCGGAUGACUGAUUCUGUCGUCAGAGAAAGAGAAGGUGGCUUUUCAAUGGCGUCUCUGAGGGCUGGACCUUGCUCAGAUACGGUCCGAGUUAUACGAUUGCUAUUACAUGCCUUCGACAAGGACAUAGAAGGCCGAAGAUGAGAUCUUCUAGUUUUCUCGGGAAAACCCUGCGUCUCCGUGUGAGGCGCAGUACAUGUAUGUAAUGUUCGAAUACCGCCACAUC